AUGUCUCGAACAUACGGCUCUCUCGUCCUUGAACGGGAGGCCGUCAGUUCAAGUCGAGACGCUAGCCCUGGUGGUCGCAACGAACGAUCUCGACUCCUUCAUCGUGGGAGACGGCAUUCCUACGAACCAGUAAACCAGACGCAAGCCAGCGUCUACAGUCCAGACGCGAUAUAUGUCAAAGUCGAUCUAUUCCUCCACGAACUCAAGAAACGCUUCGAUCGGUUAGAGCAAUUCAAGAAAGAGACUUUGACUCACUUUGACGCACAGUUGGAACGAGGAUACCAGGCCUUAAGAGAAGUCAGGGACGCGUGUUCGCCAUACCACUCUGGCGAGCUGCUCUGGGGCGUCGCAAGACACCGGGCAAAGAUAUUUGUAGAGACGUUGGAAGCAGGAUACAAUGAUGUGAUACCGACACGAGAGACAUUGGACGAGAAGGCUCACGCAAGCAUGAAAUUAAUGGAAAGCUAUUUGAGCGAGUUGGAAGCAAGAGCGCAUUCGCGCAGGAAGGAUCUACUGGACUCAGGCUGGAAGAGGGUAGAUGACUCAAUAAAUGCUACUCUUGACCUGUUCGAGGAAGGUUACGACAAGGCAAAAAAGGCAAAGGACUUGCUGGCUGAGUCCAUAUCUCAUGCUCUCAAGCAAGCUGCCGAGUCACGACUUAUUACCUACGAAGAUUUACCCGUCCCUUGGCGAGUCAAUCCUCACAUCACAAGAGGAUAUCGAUUUACCGAAUCCAAAAUCGAGUGUAUCACCUCGAUGUUCAAGCCGUCGAACGAGACUGUCAACAUAUGGUCUCAUGCUAUCGGCCUAAUUAUCGUCUUGGCUAUUGCCUUUCAUUACUACCCUUCAUCCGACGCAUUCGCGUCCUUUUCGAAAAUGGAUAUGCUCAUAGCAGGCUGCUUCUUCGCUGCUGCAUGCAAGUGUCUCAUUUGCAGCACAAUGUGGCACACCAUGAAUGGCAUAGCCGACAAAUGUCUGAUGGAACGUUUCGCUUGUGUCGACUAUACAGGUAUCUCAUUCCUUGUGGCAGCCAGCAUUUUGACCACUGAGUGGACUGCCUUCUAUUGUGAGCCAGUCUCUCGAGCAGUCUACAUGUCUUUGACAGCUGUACUGGGUCUAGCCGGGACAAUUCUUCCAUGGCGAGAGUCCUUUAACCGUGCCGACAUGCAAUGGGCACGAGUCGCCUUUUACGUCUCACUGGCGCUGACUGGUUUCGCGCCUGUUCUUCAGCUCAACAUCACCAGGGGCAUCGAAUGGACGUUUUACUUCUAUGCGCCGAUCACCAAGUCGGUCUGUGUUUACUUUGUUGGAGCCAUCAUCUAUGCCAGCCAUGUGCCGGAGAAGUGGUGGCCAGGACUGUUUGAUUAUGCUGGAGCGAGUCAUAACAUAUGGCACCUGGCUGUGCUCGGCGGCAUAUUAUUUCAUUAUGCUGCUAUGAUGGAGCUUUACAGAGGAGCUUUCAAGAGGGCAAGUGAGUGUGGCUGCUCGAUAGGCUAG